GCUGGCACGGGCUCACGUGAAACGGUCCCGGCAGCUCGCACUAAAGGCGCUUGGAAUCGGACCGGUCCACACGACGACCUGCAGCUGCAAUUCAACGAGACCCGUGGCCGAGCCGUUCGGGCAGACCGCGACUGAGGAGUCUGCGAAGGAGCUGUCGAAGCGCUCUCAACCACUGCGCCCCUUUCUUGAAAAGGAGACGCCAGAGACACGAUGGCAUCACGGCAGGGAUCGCGGCCGACGACACCACGAGCACCACCGCCGGUACCACGGCCGGUACCACCGCUGGUACCACCACUUGCUCCGGCACCGGCAACAGAACCCGGAAGGGCGCAGACGCGGCUGCCCACGGUGUUCGUGCCUAUGGCCGGACCUAUGGCCGGACCAAUGGUCGGACCUAUGGCCGGACCUGUGGCCCGAAUGCCUACGACCGGAAUGCCGGUGGCUGGCGGUCAGAUGAAUGCGCGGCGCGGGCCCUACGUUCAAAUGCCGAUGCCGGGAUUGGCGCCGUUGGCCGUACCGGCGUACCGGGGCUGCCCCGCGGGUCUGGAAUACCUGAAGGAGAUCGACCAACUGCUUGUCCACCAGCAGGUGGACUUUCUGGAAAUGUUCCUGCCGUUCGAGGUGUCGAACAAGUACGUCGUGAAGAACAGCAUGAGCCAGUUCGUCUUCGCGGCGGCAGAGCAGAGUAACAUCAUCGCUCGCCAAUUCACCCGCACCCGGUCCUUCCUGAUUUCGCUUGUGGACUACCGCAACGUCGUAGUGUUGCAGCUUUUUCGGCCACUUCGCUGCGACUGCAGCCUUUGUUGGUGCUGCCUCCAGGUAAUGGACGUGCACGAUGGUUCCGGUGCCGUGAUGGGACACCUGCGGAUGGAGUGCACCAUCCUAAACCCGAACUUCACGGUGCUGGACAGCGAGAACAAAGCUGUCCUGAUGAUCACAGGCCCGCUAUGCACAUCGUCCAUCUGUGCCGAGGACGUGGUGUUCGACAUCCUAACCAUGGACGGCGUCACCAAGAUUGGCGCGAUAACAAAGGUCUAUGCCGGAUUGUUGAAGGAGUACUUCACCGACGCCGACAACUUCACGGUCACCUUCCCCAUGGACUUGGACGUGAAGAUUAAGGCCGUGCUGCUCGGCGCGGUCUUUCUAAUCGAUUUCAUAUACUUCGAGACCACAGGAGCCCAAAGGAACAGCGAUCUUCCUGGCAACGUUAUAAAUUAGCUAUUCGAAGAUCACCGA